AUGUCUCUCCGGCGUGCUGCUCUUCGCUCUUCGUCCAUUCUACGCCAACACUCUUGUUUGAUAGCUCACCAGAACUUUAUUUCUGCUCGUAACACGAGCAUAUCCCCUUCCUUCCUGGUACGGACGUACGCAAAGGCAGGAAAAGGCGCGAAAUCCACUGCCAACCUCGUACCAAGGUCCAAGCAGCCUAUAACAGACCCCGAGGCUCAAGAAGAGUACGCCAGCGCCGAGCAGAAGAUGACUGCUGCUGUGGACUGGUUUCGACGAGAAUGCGCCUCAAUUGCGACGCGUGCUAACGGUCGAGUCACUCCUGACCUGCUCUCCUCUGUUCGCGUCAGAUUUCCCAAAGAUGAACAUGCGUUCAAACUCGAGGAAAUUUCCACAGUGGGUGUACGGAAUGCUUCAGAACUUGUGAUUACUGUGUUUGAGGAAGAGUCCCUCAAACACGUCGAGCGAGCUUUAUACGACGCUAAGCUUCCUGGUUUGAGUUCGUUUCAAAAACAAGACAGCCGAACAUUGAAAAUUCCCGUACCCAAACCAACGGUGGAGGCUCGUAAAGCGUUAUUUGCCGCUGCUGAGCGGCAAGCCGAAGACACCCGAACACAGAUACGAAGACACCACCAGGCUAGCUUGAAGAGGGGCAAGUAUGAGAAGCAUUCUGUCGAGUUGGACGAGUUUCAAAAACUCACCACUCGCUUCGUGAACAAUGUCGACACAAUUCUCAAACAGUUGAAGUAG